GAGCGCACGGUCAUAUGGUUCUGCGUUCAACGGAUCUGUGUCGGGAUGUCAACCGCUACUAGAAAAAACUCAUACAACACCGGUAACGGCGUGGAGUACGAUCCGGAUAAAAAUCGAUCGAUACGUAGAGAGCUUUCGAUUGAAUACUCACGAAAUGAAUUGGAUAUUAUUAUGGAAACUUCAAAAGAUUUUAAGACCUCAAGGGGAAGUGUCAAAGGAAACUCGGCAGCUUCUGAGGACAAUAUACCUACAGUGUUGGCUUUGCAGCUGGCUAUGGUGGAUGGGCCAGAUCGACUUCCUGCUGACAAGGGCACACAGGAAGUGCUGUGCAGGAAACUCUGUGUGCUGGAAGCAGACCUCACAGAGGUCACGAACCUAAUCUCUGAACUGUCAGCACAUUUGGUAUCUGUUAACAGUGGGGAAAGGACUAUAUAUAUCACUUUUAACACCUUUGAAGAAAUAUGGAAGUUUUGCACAUACCACAGAAUGGGCUUCUUAGGUCAGUGUAUGGAAAAUCUUCUCAUGGACCAGGAGUUCUGGUUAAUCUCCCUCCAUCAGGAUUCUGGAAUAGAAAUCUCAAUUAAAGAAGAGGAAUUACAUCGUAUGUAUAAAGGCUUUCUAAUGCAAGAAGGGUCCUUUUUUGGCUGCUGCACUGCCAAUCAGAUGUUUGAUAGCUCCACAUCAGGUAGUGACCUGUACCUGGAGAAGGGAGAUAUUGCCCUGUUUGAACCUCCAUUCUUAGGAUCAGGAUGGACAGUGCUAUCCCUGGCUGAUGGAUCUAGAGGAACCAAACCAAAACCAGCUCUGGAGCCAGUCAUUCCCUUUCAUGAAUGGUUUUUAAAGUCCUGUCCAGAGGGUGUGUUAGUGGGUGGAGGAAAGGGGACUAGUGACCUUCCAUUUCCAAUAGCCAUAGGAGUCUGUGAGACCACAGAGGAGUAUGAUGCUGAUGUGCCAGAUGAACUGAGCUUCCAGGCUGGUGAAAACAUCAUUAUCCUGGGCCUGCUGGUGGCCUGUUAUGAGUGGUUUAUGGGGAAACUGGAGAAAACUGGUGAUAUUGGACUUGUCAAGACCAGUAUGGUCAAAGUAACUGAUUCUGUUUGUGAAUCAUCUGAAAUUUUCUUGAAAGAUGAGGUCCGACAAAUUGUUGCCUUGGAUGAGGAGAAAAUUAAAGAAGAGACCAUUACCUUAUUGAAGAAAUCUUGCCAAUGUGAUGUCGGCACAAACUACAAACUGGAUCUGACAAAGGAAAUUCCAGGAACAGUUCAAAACAAGAGUCAUCAAACAGAAACAAACAAUCUAAAACAUAAAGUCUGCCACAUUUUGAGGAAGUUAAAUGAGAACCCAAGAAAUGAGGUUAAAUCAAACAGCAGCAAGCACCAAAAACAAAAAGAAGCCAUUGAUACUGAGGCAUCCAAGGGAACCCUACGUUUUUCUGUCUGCUCAGAGCAGGAGAACACAAGUCCGGAUGGACAUCAUGCUCUCCUCUCCUUCUUGAACAGCCAUGAUCACCACCCUGAAUUCCUUCUCCUUUACAGCGCAUACCCAGAAUUCCUCAUCUCACAUUUCCAGGGUCACUCUGAUGAAGAGGACAUAGUGGCAUAUUUAGGAGAAGCCAGAGAAUUAUCACGAAAGAAACGCCUCUCGUGGGCACAGAGUCGAAUCUGUUUCCUUCUUGGGCAGCUCUGUGCGGGAAGGUCAAAGUUCUCACAGGCCCGGGUUUACUUCGAGGAAGCUUUGAGUGUACCCAGGGAUUAUUUCAAAGACAAGUUUCUGCUGUCUGCCAUUUACUCCAACCUGGCAUUUAUCUACCUAACCCAGAAAAACCAUGAGAAAUUUGUCUCUUUGUCGGAGCGCUUUUCUGCUGUGUUAAUGGCAGUUCCCAAUUGUCUGCUUGGUUGUGAGGAGCCUGAGAUAUUAAAGUAUGUAUUAAAGAAGGCCAUCUUGGCCAAGAACAAAUCUGUGGAAGCCAGAGUCUGCUUUCUUUUGGCAAAACUCCACCUGAAGCUUAACGAUGGCAUGAGCGCAAUCCCGUUCAUUGAAAGACUUCAGAUUCUUGCUGAUGAGGUUUCAGGGGCUUGUGAUGCAACAUGGAGCCAUGCUUCCCUGGUGUUAGCAAGACUCUACAGCGACCAGUGUCUGCCACAUUUGGCUGAAAGCUGUGCACGGCGAUCAUCACUACAGGUAGGAGCCACAGUGUCACACUGUCUUUGCGGCAUCUCACUAUUACUUGAAAAUGCAUCGGAGCUGUCCAGGGUGACCAUCCCAACUCAAGUGGCUCCUUAUCUGACCCAUGCUGCCUCUUUAGUGCCCUCCAACGAGGAGCCUGCGCUCACUUACAUCCAUGCCCUGUGUUUGUCCUGGCUCUUCCACAAACACAGCAUGCCGGACAGAGCUGUUUGUUACAUGCGCACCUUCCUCGACCACAGCAGCGCAUCCGGCGUCACACAGUCAGACGUUACCGAUGCUCUCAUGUGGUUGGCAUGGCUGUACAUCUGCAACCAGCAACCCAGCAGAGCUCUGGAGGUUCUGGAUGGCGUGCUGUCAUCUCUCCCCGAUCACUGCACAACUCAGUUGGAGGGCAUGGUGUACAAUAUACGUGCCAUCGCGUACAGACGUUCCACAGACAUCCGGCAAGCUUCUGAGAGUUACCGGGCUGCAGUCGAGAUUUGCGAGGAGUUUGAAGAUAGACAUAACUGGGCCAUAGUGCUGGCCAACUUCGGGUUCAUGUGUUUGCAAGUCAAGGCCAAGAGGUUGGCGGAGGAAUACCUCACCCGCUCAGUGGAGCUGUUCUCAGAGCUUGAGGACGAAGGACAUGAAUUAAGUUUUAUUGCUGUGCUUCUUGAGUUAGGGAGACUCUUGAUUUCUCAGGGAAGCUAUGAGAGUGGGAAGAUCUAUUAUGAGUGGGCCUUGUUGAUUGCUGUCCACAUUGAUGAACCGGAGAGUCAGCUGGGAGCCAUACGUCAGCUGUGUCACCUGUAUGAAGUGGUGUGUCCAGAUGAAGCUCAGUGUAUCAUCUACAAUGAACACCAACUGAACCUUGUACAGCUGAUUGGAGACAAGAGUUUAGAGGGAGAUAUACUGGAGAAGAUCAGCCAGCUAUACCUGAACCUGGGCACAGAGAGAGCAAACAGGGCUGCUUUAGAUUAUACCAAACGGAGCCUGGCCAUUUUUAUUGACUUGGGCAGAAAGACGAAGGAGGCUCAUGCCUGGCUACAGGCAGGAAAAAUUUACCACAUCCUCAAACAAAAGGAGUUAGUGGAUCUUUACGUGCAGGUUGCCCAGGACGUGGCUCUGAGCACAGGAGACACGCUAUUCACCCUGGAGCUGUUAGAAGCAGCAGGAGAUGUGUUCUUCAACAGCUCAGAAGACAGAGAGAAAGCCAUCUGCUUUUACAGGGACCGAGCCCUUCCCAUUGCGGUGAAGACGAGCAGCGUGCUCUCUCAGCUUAGGCUGUGUAACAAGCUUUCAGAACUCCUGCUGCAGUUGAGGCAGUUUUCAGAGGCCAUUGAGUUUGCUCAAACUGCGUUAGACAUAAGCGUGAGUCUGACUGACCAUUUAAAUGAGCGCGUGGCUUUCCAUCGGCUCGCCACGUUGUAUCAUUGUGUGGAUCAGUUUGAAAUGGCAGAGCACCACUUUCUAAAAGCCCUGUCCAUGUGUCCCUCACCCCUGCAGUAUGAUGAGGAAGCCUUGUAUUAUGUCAGGGUUUACCAAACACUGGGAGACAUCAUCUUCUAUGAUCUAAAGGACCCAUUUGACGCGGCUGGCUAUUAUCAUCUUGCACUGGCUGCUGCUAUGGACCUGGGCACCAAGAGGUCUCAGUUAAAGCUGUGUACUCGGUUGGCUACUGUCUACCACAACUUUCUCAUGGACCGUGAACUCUCACUGUAUUUCUACCAACGAGCACGUGUUCUCGCGAACGAGCUCCACGUUCGUCGCGUCAACUUGACUCCAGACCAGAACUUCAGGACCACAGCCCAGUACAAAAACACUAUAUCUGAGGUAACACGAUAGAUUUGUGAUGCCUACAUGUAUGCGUUUUUAUCAGUAGUGACAUUUAAAGCAUGCAUUUUACAGUUUCACUGUCAUUCCCCUGGAUUAGAACCCAUGACCUUGAUGGGUUGAUGCUCUACCAGUUGAGCAAAUGACAUUUCUACCGAAUGCUGUUUUAAGUAAACUUGUCUGUGAAUUUUCUCUUUAUUUACUUGAUGUUAUUUGUACUACUUGAUUUAUUUACAGAAUAGAACGUCUUACUCAAAGUGACAUGUUGAUAGUUCCAGCAAGUGUUUACCGGACUGUAAGCAAUACAAUUUUCAUUCAUCACUUGCUUUGCAUUGAUUUUUUUUAAAUCCCACUACAUUAUUUCUGAUUAUGUUGUUUCUUUCUGAACUGAAAUUGAAGUUAGUCAGGAGAAUUUAUUGGUUCUGGUCUUUGCAAUGUGUUAUAUUUUCAUGUGCCAAACAUGCAAUUUACCCUCCUGGAGAGUGAUGUCAUUGAACACAUUUUUUACCUUGAGAAGGGUUGUCCUGUUUGUAGUAAUUGCAGAAAAUGACAUGCGUUGUACUUUUAAAUAAACAUGUUCAUGGCUGGGGAAAUGACUUGGCCUAAGGCCACACCAGCUAUGUCAAAACAAGCUCACUGGUUUUGUAGGGUCUAGUGCCUAUGAGGCAUUCAAAUGCAUGUGCUAAAAAGAGCUGUCAGCACUGCUGCCCAUAAAAGUUAAUUGAUGUAGAGUAGUCAGACGAUAAGACAAAUGCAUA